ACGCGGGCCGUAGCGGAAGGGAGGCGGCGGCUGGCCCAGCCAUGGCUUUCCGGUAGCGGCGCCUUCCCCUCCUCCCUACCCCUCACCUCCGGUCGGCACCGGGCGGCAUGGCCCGGGCCCCGGCGGCCGUGAGCGGCGGGAGGCGGGCGCUGCUGGUGCUGCGGCCUCGCGGCGCCCUCCCGCACCGUGCCGCCGCCGCCGCGUCACGUGUCAGCACCUCCGCGCCCGUGUCCUCACAGGGCAAGGGCAGCGCCUCCCUGCUGGGGAGCAGAAGGCUCUUCUUCGACACUCAUGCGCUGGUGUGCCUCUUGGAACAGAAUGGGUUCACUACUCAGCAGUCGGAGGUGAUUGUAUCUGCAUUAGUGAAAAUCAUGAACACCAACCUGGAUAUGAUUUACAAGGACAUGGUGACCAAAGUACAGCAGGAGAUCGCUCUUCAGCAAGUAAUGUCCCAUAUUGGCGCAGUGAAAAAGGACAUGAUUAUUUUGGAAAAAAGUGAAUUUUCAGCACUCCGUUCAGAAAAUGAGAAAAUAAAACUUGAACUCCAGCAGAUAAAGAAGCAAGUCAUGGAUGAAAUUACCAAAGUGCGUGCAGAUAACAAAUUGAACCUAAACCUAGAAAAGAGCAGAGUAAAAGAAUUGUAUUCACUCAAUGAAAGAAAACUACUUGAAAUGAGGACAGAAAUAGUGGAAUUGCAUGCACAACAAGAUCGAGCUCUGACCCAAACAGACAGAAAAAUAGACACAGAAGUUGCAGAUCUAAAAACAAUGCUUGAAUCACAUAAACUUGAUAAUAUUAAGUAUUUGGCAGGUUCAGUAUUUACAUGUCUUACAGUAGCACUGGGAUUUUACCGUUUAUGGAUAUAAUAAAGCAUCAAUUUAAAGGGACUUCUACUGUCUUGCUUUCUGAAAAAGAAAGACAUUUUAUCUUUGCCUGGACUCCAACCAAGUCUUGAAUGUUUUAUGUAUUUUUCCGUGAAGCGGACUAUAUUGAGAAUGUAACCAAAGACGUGCCUAGGAACAAACUGUACAUAUGUUGUGCAUAUUUUGAAAGUUACCUCUGAUCAAAGCAUGGUGUAAGCACUUCUGCUGUUUCCCUUCACUCUCAACUGCAGUACACCUUGCUGUUAAAGUGCCACAUAAAGACGGGCAUUCAUACCAGUUGUAUAGGGCUGCAUGCUGUAGAGAACAAUCUAUAGGAGUUAUGUUCCGUUGUCUAUUUAGACAUGCUUACCAGAGUCAACUGCAUGUAUUGGACUGGAAUUGUGAUUAUUAACAUAAAACUGAAACUACGUUUUGUGGCUCGGAGACACUCUCGUGUAAGUAGGAUUUGUGUUCACUGAAUCACGCUUACUUCUUACUUGUUCAUUCAGCUGUUAUGAUCAAAUAUGUCUUGCAAUUUUUAUAAUAAUACAGUCAUCAGCUUGUUUUUCAGAUGACCAAUCAUCUUUCACGAUAGCAGUGUUUGCUGCUAGUUUUGUUUGUAAUAUAUUUGUAGAGUGGUUUGUUUGUUUACUUGUUUUUACUAACUUGCCUUUGGUACAUAUUAAAAAUCUGAUACUCAUUCCAUAUGCUAACUGUUAACCACUGUAACUGGAAGUUUGAAAUGCAGUAAAAUACACUAGUGUUAUUUUUAUGGUUAAAUGACACAAACUGUCUCUGGUGCUGCUUCCUUUAUGGAAAGGCAUUGAUGCUUCUAGACAGGGAGAAGAUUUUUAGCUGGUGAUUAUGAAGCACCGUCAUACGUGAGGGAACUGCAAUACUCUGGUUUUUGCUUUUCUUGCUUUAUUUCAGAAAAAAAAAAAGAAAAUGGUUCUUCCAAUGUGGAACUUUGGUAGUGAUUAUAAUGAUGAAAGCAGUAAUGAAGACUGAAAGGAUAUUUAAUCCCAUUCUGUGCAAGCCCAUGUGUACUAAUAAAUGCAACUAAAAGCUAUGAAGGAAAGUGUCUAGUAUAUCCAGACACGUACAUCAUUCCUCUACUGAUGAAACAACAGGUUUAUUAACAGGGCUGUCAUCUGUGCUCCUUCCAUUAAGAGAAAUUUCAUAAUCUUACCUCUUAGAGGAGAACAGCGUGCACUAGUAACAAAUGCUGUUAGAGCACAAUCAUGGCUUUGCUUUUUGAAAGUAAAGCUGUUUGGCUACUUUGUGCCUGUACAGUAGUAACCGUUUAAGUAACCAUUUAACUUUCUUGGUGGUUGGAAGUGCCAACUUCGAUUGUAUGUAAGAGAGGAGGAAGAGAUGGAUGCCUGUAACAAUACUAUACUGGCCUGAAAUAAAUAAUUUUGGAUAUUUUGUAGAGUUAUGCUGAGUUUUCAUUAUUAAUGCAACUUCUUAAAUGAAUUUGCAAUCUUUUGAAUUUUUUAAAGUAGUUCACUGUUACUGAGACUGUUAAUGCUAAGAAGUAGCAAAGUCAACAGCCACUAUAACACUGAAAAAGAAAGAAAAGUCAAUAUAGAUGGUUAUUUCACAGUAAUAAUUUUCCUUGUGCUAACUUAACAGCCUCUCUAAAUUGAAUUAAUCUAUAUUCCAGAUCUUCACUUGUUUUGUUUAAAAAGAAAAAAAAAAAAAAAAAAAAAGAACAUUUUUUUUUUAUAGGACUUGGUACGUUCUCAAAUAGAGAAGCUGUAGCUUAAUUUUAGGAAUAUCUUGAUUCCUAUCUUCGCAGAAUAGUGUCUGUGUAAUCAGUACAUCUUUACCUGUAUACCUGAGCAUAAAUAGUUGCUUAAGUUAUUCUUAAUUAGCAAAGUCAGAAAAAAUAGCACUUCUUGGUGAGUGUUUUGAACUAGCAAUGACGUUAAUAUGUUGUUCAGGAAAAAAAGAAAAUAAUAAUUAUUUCCUAAUGGAAAAUCUGAUUUCUUGCUCUGAUUUGAAAGAUAAUUUAGCAAUUGUUUUAACACAUGAAUCACAUUUAUUGGAGUUCCAAAAGGUAGAAUUUACACUUGAAAAUGAAUGGAUGGAUUUCCUUUCAAAGAAGUAUUUAAACUUAAAAAACAAACACCACCACCAACAAAAACCUUUUGAUACAGGAAGGAAGCAAAUACAUCAGGGUACUGCUAAAUAUCUCUUGGAAAGCAACAGUGAGUGUCAAAUGAUCACUGAAUUAAUAACUAUGAGACCGAAGUUGGUACUCUUCCCUUUUUUUUUUUUUUUCUGUAAGAUUUUUCUGCACCAUGUUUUGUAAUGUUUAGUAUCAGAAGCAAUUAGAUGUACAGAAAUACUUUUUGGUUCUCUGAUUUCAGAUUUUGAUUUUCAAAGAUUUUCAAAAAAUGUGAAAAAUACUGUUUAAAAACCUGAAGUUGAUCCUAAAGUUUCCUUGUGUUUUGUAGAGCAAAGGGAUACAGAGGUCUUUCAAAACUGUAUUUAUUUGUAAUAUGUUAAUGAGAACAUAUGGAAUUUAACUGCUUGUCUGUCUAGCUUUACCUCUUGUUUUCAGUAAAAACCUGUGAGGGAGCCAUCUCCAAUUUACUGGUAUUAAAUGAGGUGUUUACUUUCACUAAACUGUUACUGACAGUCAUUACUGUUAAAUCACAUGCUGUUUAGCCUGCCCUCUAUUGGAGGUGCUGAUUGCAUCAUUCAUUUCCCAGAAUAUUGAAGAGUUAUUCAUAAAAACAUGAGCUGACAAAUAAAGACUUAUUUUUAAUAUA